AUGUCAUUAUCAGAAUCAUUUAAAGAGAGUAAAGAUAUUAAAGUUUGGGUAACCUCAAACGAAGUUAAACCAAUCGAUCAAUUUGGCGAAGUUGAAUGUCCACCAUGCAUCAAAAAAAUGGCAAAUUCUCAAUUUUGUGGUGAUCAAUUGGUCGCUUCUUAUUUAUGUUUCCAAGAGAAUAGUAAAGAUGGUAAAAAACUUGAUGAUUGUGCAAAAUCCUUUGCUCAACUCAGAGAAUGUAUGAUGAGUUAUCCAAUCAAAUUUUAUGAUGCAUUAUUUAAAAGGUUAGUAUUAAAAUAA